UUUGUGGCUGACAUCAGCUGUCUAUCGGUGGUAAUGUUGAAGGACCUGCGAGUGAGAGAAAACGCUUGAGGAGCGUGUGUUGAGCUGGGUAGUCCUGUUACACGGAAAGGGAACGCGCGUUCCAUCAAGGGGUCUUUUCUCUGUCCUGCCGAACAUUAUCACCUCAGGAUUAAUGGUACCCAGCAGUGUACGGAAGCGGCGGCAGCCGGCCGAGUCAUGAGAGGAUGCGAGAUGUCCAGAACAUCGGGAGCCUAGUAGCAGUGAAAGACAAGAGAUCUGUGAAAGAAUCUUCACGUUCAUAACCGUUAUUGUCGCUAGGGACCACAGCCACCGCCAAGAGGCUUUUGUGUGGAAGCAGACAACAUCUGAGAAAGAUAUGACAAAAUGAACAGAAAAGCUUACAAGUAGAAAACAAAAGAGCUGGGAAUGAAUACACAUUGUUACCCAAAGAUUCCAAAACAGAAGAGACACGAUAUCAAUUUACUGACGAUUUGCUUAACAUAACUGAAGAAGGCUAGGACGCCUCCCACCUGACAAUCCUCUUUAUCCCCAUUUUCCUUUUGGUGCCAGACAAAAAGCAGGAUUUCAGCACAGCUUUGGUGCCAUUUUUGCUCCAGUAUUUGAGUGAGAUGUUUCAUUCAGGGAUGAGCUAUAACUAAAUAAAGAUUGUGAAGCUCUUGCUGACUUUUCUUAACCUUUGCUCCUGUGAGGCCUUGGCUUCCAGGCUGAGGUCGGAGGUCAUUGCUGAGGAUGCCGUUUCAAUGCAGGCGAGGAAUGUCUUUAUUCUCUUUACUGCUGGCCCUUCUCUCCAUCCUGCUGUCCAAUAGCAAUGCUGGAAAUCCUCCUCGAUUCAUCAAAGUUCCUUCAGACCAAAUUGGUGUCUCUGGUGGUGUGGCUUCGUUUGUGUGUCAGGCAACAGGGGAGCCCAAACCACGUGUUUCCUGGAAUAAGAAGGGCAAAAGAGUGAAUUCACAGAGGUUUGAGACAAUCGAGUUUGAUGAAGGCGCUGGUGCUGUCUUGAGAAUUCAGCCCUUGCGGACUCCUCGGGAUGAGAAUCUUUAUGAGUGCCUUGCAGAAAAUACUCACGGAGAGGAAACUGUCACAGCCAAACUUGUAGUCCUGCGAGAUGACCAGCUACCUCCUGGGUUCCCAAACAUUGACAUGGGUCCACAGCUAAAAGUUGUAGAGCGGACACGAACAGCUACAAUGUUGUGUGCUGCAAGUGGAAAUCCUGAUCCGGAAAUAACCUGGUUUAAAGACUUCCUUCCUGUAGACCCUAAUGCUAGUAAUGGCAGAAUCAAACAGCUGCGGUCAGAGUCUUUUGAAGGUACUCCAAUUCGAGGUGCCCUCCAGAUUGAGAACAGUGAAGAAACGGACCAGGGCAAAUAUGAAUGUGUGGCAACAAACAAUGCAGGCGUGCGCUACUCUUCCCCUGCUAACCUUUAUGUGAGAGAGCUACGAGAAGUUCGCCGUGUCCCACCUAGGUUUUCCAUCAUGCCGGCCAGCCAUGAGAUAAUGCCAGGAGGCAAUGUCAAUAUCACCUGUGUUGCAGUGGGCUCACCAAUGCCUUAUGUCAAGUGGGUACUUGCAGGAGAUGACUUGACACCUGAGGAUGAAAUGCCAAUUGGCAGAAAUGUAUUAGAACUGACUGGUAUCAAGGAGUCUGCCAAUUAUACCUGUGUGGCCAUGUCUAGCCUAGGAGUCAUCGAGGCUGUAUCACAGAUAACAGUGAAGUCUUUACCUAAACCACCUGGCACUCCUGUUGUGACAACAGAGACAACUGCAACCAGUGUAACAAUAGUAUGGGAUUCUGGCAAUCCAGAUCCAGUGUCUCAUUACAUCAUCCAGUACCGGCCUACAAACUCUGAUGGACCAUACCAAGUCAAAGAUGGCAUAACAACUACCCGUUACAGCAUAGGGGGUCUAAGUCCCAACUCAGAAUAUGAGAUCAGGGUAUCAGCAGUUAACUCGAUUGGGCAGGGCCCACCGAGUGAGCCCGUGAGGGCUCGAACAGGUGAACAGGCCCCAGCUAGCCCACCUCGUAAUGUCCGAGUAGAGAUAUUGGGCCUCACCACUAUGAUGAUCCGGUGGGAAGAACCUGUAGAACCAAAUGGACAAAUUCGUGGUUACCGCAUAUAUUAUACAAUGGAACCUGAUGAGCCUGUACAAAACUGGCAAAAACAGAAUGUGGACAAUGGUCUUCUGACCACAAUACCCAGUCUGGUGCCUCAUGAAACCUACAGUGUAAGGGUUUUGGCAUUCACAUCUGUGGGAGAUGGGCCUCUUUCAGAACCAGUUCAGAUCAAAACACAGCAAGGAGUUCCUGGACAGCCUGCGAACUUCAGAGCAGAGGCAAAAUCCGAUACAAGCAUUGAUUUAAGUUGGACUCCACCACCUCAGAACGACAUUGUUCAGUAUAAGCUCAUCUACAAGGAAGGGAAGCAAGGAAAAGAGGUGGUUAAAACAUUUGAACCUGUGACCAGUUACACCGUUGAAGGCCUGAAGCCAAACACUGAAUACUACUUUCGCCUAGCUGCUCACUCUAAGCUGGAUGUUGGUGUUUUUACGUCUGAAAUCAAAGAAAUGACCAUGCAGUCCAAGCCAUCUGCCCCCCCUCAAGAUGUAAAGUGCACCAGUUCCAGUUCUACCACAAUAAUGGUAAGUUGGCGUCCACCGCCAGCAGAGAAUCAAAAUGGUGUGCUGGUUGGAUACAGUGUGCGAUAUCGGCCGCUUCAAGGGGAAGAUAGACUUUUACAGGAAGUGAAAGAUAUUCCACCACAGACUAAUCAGAUACUGCUGGAGAAUUUACAGAAAUGGACUGAAUACCAAGUGACAGCGAUGGCACACACGCAAGUUGGACCAGGACCCGAAAGUCUGCCAAUAGUAGUUCGGACUGAUGAAGAUGUCCCAAGUGCCCCACCUCGUAAAGUUGAGGUGGAGGUUAUGAAUUCUACAGCCAUUAAGGUGUUAUGGCGGUCUCCAGUUCCAAACAAACAGCAUGGACAGAUCCGUGGGUACCAGGUUCAUUAUGUCAAGAUGGAAAAUGGAGAAGCUUUGGGACUGCCCCACAUCAAAGAUGUUAUGCUGGCUGAUGCCCAGUGGGAGACAGAUGAUACAGCUGAAUAUGAAAUGAUUAUCACUGGGCUUCAGCCAGAGACUGCAUACUCUGUUACAGUUGCAGCAUAUACUACUAAAGGAGAUGGAGCUCGCAGCAGGCCUAAGGUGGUGACAACCAAAGGUUCAGUUCCAGGUAGACCCCUCCUUUCUAUCCAGUUUUCUGGAGAAAACAACGCCAUAGUCAAAUGGAAGCGCCCUUCGGAAAUAGGAGGCGAUGUGCUGGGAUACAGAUUACAGUUUGGCCGCAAGGAUGUAGAUCCCUUAGCCACUCUUGAAUUCAGUAGCCAAGAAGACCAGUAUAUAGUUCCCAGUGUUCACAAAGGGGCAACCUAUGUUUUCAAAAUAUCUGCUAAGAAUCAUGUAGGUUUUGGAGAAGAAGCAUAUGAGGAAUUGUCAGUUCCAGAAGAUGUACCCAAGGGAUACCCGCAGAUCCUACAGUAUUCAAAUGUUUCAACUACAUCCAUCUCCAUCAGCUGGCUUCCUCCUGUCAUGGCAGAAAGGAAUGGUGUCAUCAUUCAGUAUUCCGUAACGUACAAAGAGGCCAAUUCACCUAGCUAUCCUACAGAAGUGGCUGUACCAUCAUCAGAAAAUAGUCAUGUAUUGAAUGGUCUUAAAUCCAGUACUCUUUAUGACAUUAAAAUCCGUGCUCACACAAGCAAAGGCCCUGGACCUUACAGUCCAGCUGUUCAAUACCACACUUUGCCUCUGGAUCAAGGUUUCCCAAAAAAUUUCAAAGUAAAGUUUAUCAUGCAGACUUCUAUUCUCCUGAGUUGGGAAUUUCCAGAAAAAUACAGUUCACUUACUCCAUACAAGAUACAGUAUAAUGGGAAAAGUAUUGAUGUUGGAGGACGUACCACCAAGAAGUUAAUCACAAACUUGGAACCAAAUACUCACUAUAAAUUUGUACUGACCAAUCGGGCUAACAGCUUGGGUGGAUUGCAAGAGACUGUAGCAGCCUCAACAGCACCUUUAGUACUGAGCACCAAACCAAGUCUGAUUCGAAAAUCUGACCCAGAUGGCACUCUGACCGUUAUGCUUCCAGAUGUUGAAACUUCAGUUCCUGUGAAGUCUUACUAUGUUGUUGUGGUACCUUUGAAGAAGACACAGGGCAAGUUCAGCAACCGUUGGUUCAGCCCCGAGGAGAUUGACCUGGAGGAGUUGUUGCAGGAUGUUUCUAGACUGCGGAGAAGUUUAAGACAAUCCAGGCAGCUUGCACUCCCAAAGCCAUACAUUGCAGCCCGUUUCAGUCAGCUACCAAUGCACUUCACCUUAGGAGAUCAGAAUUUCUAUGAUGGAUAUGAAAACAAAGCACUUGACGGUGGACAGGAGUACGUUGUCUUCAUCCUGGCAGCACUGGAAAACAAAGAAUCAAAAAUGUUUGCAGCAAGUCCGUUCUCUGAUCCAGUGGUGACAGCUGAUCCUGAUCCGCAGCCAGUUAUUGAAGGGGAGGAGGGACUGAUAUGGGUGAUUGGCCCUGUGCUGGCAGUGGUGUUCAUUAUUUGCAUUGUCAUCGCCAUCCUGCUGUACAAGAAGUAUGAAACUGUUUCAACAGACACUUUUCACAAACCAGACAGCAAACGGAAGGACUCAGAGCCACACACAAAGUGCCUACUGAACAAUGCAGAAAUCACUCCACAUCAUCCCACAGACCCGGUUGAGAUGAGACGUAUCAAUUUCCAGACACCAGAUUCUGGUCUGAGCAGUCCCCAAAGUGAACUUGAGUUUGACUUUGAAAGCAUGCUCAAUCACCCUCCAAUUCCAAUCACUGAGUUGUGUGAGCAUACGGAACAUCUGAAGGCUAAUGACAAUCUCAAGUUGUCCCAGGAGUAUGAGUCUAUUGAUCCAGGGCAGCAGUUUACAUGGGAGCACUCGAACCUUGAAGUUAACAAGCCUAAGAACCGUUAUGCCAAUGUUAUCGCUUAUGAUCACUCUCGUGUCAUUCUCUCUCCCAUUGAAGGCAUUACUGGCAGUGAUUAUAUUAAUGCCAACUACAUUGAUGGCUACCGUAAGCAGAAUGCCUACAUUGCUACUCAGGGUCCUCUGUCAGAAACAUUUGGAGAUUUCUGGCGAAUGGUGUGGGAACAAAGAUCUGCAACUGUUGUGAUGAUGACAAAAUUGGAGGAGAAGUCUCGGAUCAAGUGCGAUCAGUAUUGGCCAGGCCGUGGCACGGAAACAUAUGGAAUGAUUCAGGUCACAUUGUUGGAUACAAUCGAACUAGCCACUUUCUGUGUUCGUACAUUCUGCCUUCAUAAGAAUGGUUCAACUGAGAAGAGAGAGGUUCGACACUUCCAGUUCACUGCAUGGCCAGACCAUGGAGUUCCUGAGUAUCCAACACCAUUUCUGGCUUUCCUACGAAGGGUUAAAACAUGUAACCCUCCUGAUGCUGGACCCAUUAUUGUACACUGCAGCGCUGGAGUGGGACGCACUGGUUGUUUCAUUGUAAUUGAUGCUAUGCUAGAGCGAAUAAAACAUGAGAAGACAGUUGAUAUUUAUGGUCAUGUGACAUUAAUGAGGUCACAGAGGAACUACAUGGUCCAGACAGAAGACCAGUAUAGUUUUAUUCAUGAUGCUUUACUGGAAGCAGUCGCCUGUGGCAACACAGAGGUACCAGCCAGGAACUUGUACACCUACAUACAGAGACUGGCUCAAGUCGAAACAGGGGAGCAUGUCACAGGGAUGGAGCUGGAAUUUAAGCGUCUUGCCAACUCUAAAGCUCACACCUCCAGGUUUGUUAGUGCCAAUCUUCCAUGUAACAAAUUCAAGAACCGUCUUGUCAAUAUUAUGCCAUAUGAGACAACGCGUGUCUGCUUGCAGCCAAUCAGAGGGGUGGAGGGUUCAGACUACAUUAAUGCCAGCUUCAUCGAUGGUUACAGGCAGCAGAAAGCAUACAUUGCUACACAGGGACCUUUAGCCGAGACCACAGAGGAUUUCUGGAGAAUGUUAUGGGAAAAUAAUUCUACUAUCGUCGUCAUGUUAACAAAGUUACGAGAAAUGGGAAGGGAAAAGUGCCACCAGUAUUGGCCUGCUGAGCGUUCUGCCAGAUAUCAAUAUUUUGUGGUGGAUCCUAUGGCCGAGUACAAUAUGCCACAGUAUAUUCUACGAGAAUUCAAAGUUACAGAUGCCAGGGAUGGCCAGUCACGAACAGUACGACAGUUCCAGUUUACAGACUGGCCUGAACAAGGUGUGCCAAAAUCUGGUGAGGGAUUCAUUGAUUUCAUUGGUCAGGUACACAAGACAAAAGAACAGUUUGGCCAGGAUGGGCCUAUAUCAGUUCACUGCAGUGCUGGAGUGGGUAGAACUGGUGUCUUCAUCACGUUAAGCAUUGUUUUAGAGAGAAUGCGGUAUGAGGGCGUGGUAGACAUUUUCCAGACAGUCAAGAUGUUACGAACACAGAGGCCUGCCAUGGUGCAGACAGAGGAUGAAUAUCAGUUUUGUUACCAAGCCGCCUUGGAGUACCUGGGAAGUUUCGAUCACUAUGCAACGUAAUAAGCCAUUGUGGAUUCCACUGACCUCUUCAGUUUUGGCGCAUCUCUUGUGAGCCAUGCAGAGUGCUUGAAAAUUUAACUGAUCUAAACAAACAAAAAGUACCUUUUACAUGAGUGGAGAGGGGGAUAAUCACUGAAAGGAACUCCCCAUCACUAACUCCCAUAUUGUAACCCAAAGUGGGAAAAGCAGGCCCAGGAGCCUUUAGUGUCGGAUUACUCAUGUUACCUCAAGUGUUUGGCUGUGGAGGACAUUGAAAUAAACAAGUGUGCAUCCUAAAAAUAAUCCCAAAAAACAAAAAAGUUGAAUUUAACUGAGAAAGCCGGCAGCGGGAGUGCCAAGAAUGAAGAAGGAACCUGCCUUUGGUUACAGCAUUAAAACAUUCGAUUUGUUUUACUAAUAUAGCUGGGCCACUUUAAAGGAAGUCACUUGCAGAAUUUAAAUGAUUCCUGAAAUGCAUCCUGGAAUGCUUUCAUGCACCGCCACCUCUUUCCCAUGUGCAUUUCAACAGUGUUGUGACACAAUUUUCACAGCAUUAGUGUGCAUUUCCUUCCAGUAAGCUUCCAUUCUGUAAUCACAUUUCUUUUUCCUUUUCCUAUAGAAUAUUUCCAUGUAUGUAUAUGUGCUUAAUUCCUGGUUUUGCUUACAGUCAUGUCCCCAAUGUUUUGUGUUUAAUGCCUUAUUUUUGGUUACAGUGCUCCCCCACAGUGUGCAGAUGCUUUAAGCAACAGUAGUAGUAUGGGAUCUGUUGUUUCCAGUCCAAGUCUCCUCUUCUCCCCAGCUUGUAAACACUGCCAAGGGAAUUCUUGCACUCAUAAUACAACAGUGGAGACCAGUCCUUCAGCUGCCACACAACCCAGCAACAAAACAGAACAGAAAUCCAUCUUUCUUUCUGGUCAUACUGCUGUCUGCUAUUGGAGUGUUUUGGUAUAUUAAUAGCAUUUCUUUCACCUCUUCCCUAAAGUACACAUGCAUAUUCACAGCUGCUGCUCUUUUUAGAGAACUUUAUGCUUUGGAUUUUGUUGCACAGCAUCGGCAGAAUGCAUAGUAAUAUGUAGAGGGUUUUCUUUUUAUUGUUGAAGAAGGGACUUUGACAGCAGGUUUGUAACUGCUUUAUAACCAUCCCUUGGAAGAACAUUCCAGUGAUACCAUGUAAUCACAAACUUCAAAAAUCAUCCCUUAUAUGACUUGGAAACAAUUUUUUUUUACCAAGGACACCAUUUGUCUGAAAUGUUAUGCAGACAGCAGGUAUUAUGGCAGGAAUAACAAUUUCAAAAUCAAGUAAAUAGUAAUGAAAAAUACUAUGAUGAAAUAUGUGUGCUGUAAGUGGCUUUCUUUAAAGUAUUUAUGUAUUUGUAACAUAUCAAGUGACAUAAUUUUUUUUUUGAAUAGUGUAUUUUUCCUUUUUUAACAAAGACUAUUGGUCAAUAACUUUAAAAAAAUGCUUAUUUGUUCAUAUUAUGUUAAAAGACAGUCUAUUUUUUCACUGUAGAAAUGUUAUGUGUAAUGGCUCUUAUAUAAAGAUCAGGCAAUGCAGAUUGUUAUUGCUACAAAAUACUGCUUUUUGUACCAUUUUAACAGUUUACUUGCUCAUAUAAGAUCUGUCACGUGGGUUUUUUACCCAAGACAUAUCAUGCUUAAUAAUGAAAAGUUACACAAGGCUUUGAGAAUGAUAGUUCCACUUCACUGCCACUUCCUUUUCUUGUGGCCGUACCUUCACCACUGUUGAAUUAUCCUUGGCAGGUUAGGUGAGGAGGUCUGUUGACAUUAAAACAUAUCAUGUACAGGCAAACUGGCAUCUUCUCCACCUCUUUGCUGAGGUAUUGGAUUCGGCUGUAGACAAAUAUAAUCUUUAGAAACUGCUGGAAUAAACAAAAAUCUUGCCUGGAUGUCAAGAUUGCUACAGUAUGCAGUUACUUCAGACAGAAUCAUAUUAAACAGAAAUAUUCCGAACAUUUCACUUUAAUGUAAAAAAAAAAUUGCCCUCUUUCUGACUGUACUGCAACAAAAUACUUGGACAGUUGCAUCAAGUUCCUUGUAAUGGGGGCAGGUCUAAUUGCCUUCAAACUGCUAUUUCUGACUGAAACAAUAACUGGUUUUCAAACCACUGUGUAAUGUAGAUAUGUUGACUUUGUAUUAAAGAAAGAUUGUCUCCAAAAAUCACA